GACGUUGUGUUUCCGCUAAACCCGGAAGUGCUCCGUCAGGUUGCUCUUUCCAGCACAACGCAGCACGACGGUUUAUAAUAUAUAUAUAUAUAUACAUAUAUUUUCCGUUUAAAGGCGUAUAAAAUAUAGGUGAAAAUGUCCGGAGGGGUCCAAUUGGAGAAUGCGAACCCGGUGAUCUUCCAGCGCUCCGUGGACAGGAUGCUAACAGCGUCCGAAGAGGACGAAGACGUUCACGACCCCAUCGACGACAGGGAAAUAUUUGAUCUGAUCCGAUCCAUCAAUGACCCGGAGCACCCGCUGUCUCUGGAGGAGCUCAACGUGGUCGAGCAGGUUCGAGUUAAGGUCAAUGAUACAGAGAGUACUGUGAGUGUCGAGUUCACUCCCACAAUCCCCCACUGCAGCAUGGCGACUCUCAUUGGUCUGUCCAUCAAGGUCAAGCUUUUGCGCUCUUUGCCAGACAGGUUCAAAAUUGAUGUUCACAUCACUCCUGGAACUCAUGCCUCAGAAGAAGCAGUGAACAAACAGCUGGCAGACAAAGAGAGAGUGGCAGCAGCUUUGGAGAACUCGUCUCUGUUGGAAGUAGUCAACCAGUGCUUGUCCAGCAGGACCAUCUAAACAUCUUGGACUGUACGAUAUUUUUCCUUUGUUUCCCAGUUAUCAUUUACCCAUCAGAUCACGUCUGUCUGUCUGUGAUGUGGAGAUGGAGCUGGUGUACAUAACCAACCAGAAAGGCUACAGAUUAGAAGCUUGUCUCCAAGUUGGCAAAGGUUUACGUCAGAUGUUUCUUCAGUAAUACAUUUUAAUAUGUACUUUAUUUUUAAACCAAAGUUUUAAUGUACAUCAUUUGUUGUUACCUGUAUAUAAUGUGCAUAUAGUUUUAGUAAAAUAUAUCGCUCAGAAAACAUCUUGUACUUCCAGCAAUUAUUCAUUCAACAUGUCUUUGCUCCCACAACCACAGAUUAAUGAUUAUUUGUUCUCUUUCCUGGACAUUCUGUUCGACUUUUCAAGCAUAAAAAUCACAGUAUACUUGGAGCUUUUGAAAAUCUCAGACCAACUCAAUCACGCAACGUUCAAGGUCACUUGCUCGGUUUAAAUCUUAAUACUAUGGUCUUUACUAUGAUUAGGACCCUACAGAUAUCCAAUAUGAUUACAUUAUUCACUAUUUUUUAACAAGUAUUCAACAGGUGUACUAAAAAAAAAAAGAAGUGGCUUGUGUAUGCAGACACAUAUGCUCAUUACUGGCUGUUUUCAAUGCUUAAACAGCUGUCAAAUACAGAAUCAUUAUUCGUUCUGGCGCCCCCUGUAGCAUGGCGCUUCCACUUUUUACGCCACUGAUUAGCAUAUAUAUGUGAGCUUCAAAUCUAAUCAUAAAAGGUUGUCCCAUCUUGGUUCUGCAAAUAUGGGUUGUUAUAAAAUGUGUACUGUUUCAAUUUGUCCACUAGGUGGUGUUCUAUGUGUGGGAAAUUCAGUCUGCCAGAACAAAGAGUCACUAUGCCAAGACACAUAAUCACUGAACAGUUUUUCAUUUAUCCUUUAAUGUGACAGGGUGUUUAACUAACUGAAGCUUAUUUUAGAAGAUAGCUUGAACACCAAUGGAGUUAUAAGAUUUUGAUCCAACCAUUUCAUAAAUAUGUGAUAAGAUUGAGAAGUAAAUGCACUUGGAUUGUUUUUACGUAUUGGAAAAACCCCACAGUUAUGACACAGUUGUCUUAUUUCUGAAUGGAAGUACCGCAGCAUAAAAUCUUCCUGAACCCAGGCCA